AUGUUCAAGAAACCAAUUUCAAAUAUUAAACAAUAUUCAUUGUUACGAGCAUCAGACCGCCGUAAAUUAAAAGAUAAAUUAAUUAGCUCUUUUCAAACUCUGGAAGCAUUCGAACAAAAAAACAAAGACGUUGAAAAUAAAGAUGAUGCCUCUGCUAUUAUUUUACCCGAACAAAUUCAAUCAGUUAAAAUCACAACCCAUUCAGGAAUAAAUGGUGUCUUAUAUGUUACCCAAGAAAAGCAUCCUAUUUGGCUUACACUUGAUAUAGAUAAGGAAGAAAUUUUGGUACCUACUGUUUAUACAUUAUGGAAAUUCCCUGAUAUAUUGCCAAAAAUACCAACAUUCAGAAUUGUAGUUGAUAAAUUAGUUGGUGGUGCCAAUUUAAUGAUUCCUGGUAUUGCAUACCCACCAGAAAAAUUGCCUAAUGUUAAGAUCGAUGAAAUUGUGGCCAUUACAAUUCAAGGGCAUAAUUAUCCUGUUGGCAUUGGAAUAAUGAAAGUUGAAACAAGCUCACUUGAAAGAGGAUCUAAAAAAAAGGGUUUAGCUGUUCAAAUUAUUCACAUGUAUAAAGAUUAUUUAUGGGACAUGGGUGAUAAAUCUUUGCCAUCUGAUUCGAAUGAUCAAGUGGCUGCUGAAUAUGAUGAAUAUGAUGCAGCUAUAGAUGAAAUUUUACAAGCAUCAUUGUAUCAGGCAUUAUUAGAGAAGUUGACACCAAAAGAAACUUUGCCCAUAUCAGGAUCCAAACUUUAUGAUUCUUAUUUACUUCCAUGUCGUCCAAUAGGAACAGAAGAUACAGUUGACAUUAAAAAAUCUAGUCAUAAAAACUUGACCAAAUUUUUAAAAGCUAUUGAAAAAAAAGGUGUGAUUAAAUUAAGAGCUCGGAAAGGAGAAAUACUUCUAGAUAGUGUCAAUUGGGAACACGACGAACUUACAACAUUCAGGUCACAUAAAAGUAUUGAAAAAAGUUCAAAUAUUACUACUACAGGGUCUAAUUCAGAAAUACAAAAAAUUCAAAUAGUUGAGGUUUUUAAACCAAGAGAUGCAGUUUAUAAUGUUUACGAGUAUAAGGAAUUGAAAAAUGUUGUGUCGGGUUAUGUGAAAACAAAAAAUUUAUCAGAUCGUGAAAAUAGAAAAUUCAUAAUAUUGGAUGAAUUACUUCGUUCAAUUUUCGCAGAGAAGACAGGAGUAGCAGCACCUGAUAAAUUGACAUAUAAUGAUUUAGUAUAUAAUAUUGGUGAAAAAAUGGAAAAAUUUCAUUUACUUACUUUUCCAAAUCAAGAAACGAAAUUAUUGAAAGGAACACCUCAUAAAGUAGAACUUAUUCAGUCAAAACUUAUGGGCAAUAAAGUUGUUACAUCAGUCAGAGGACUUGAAAAAUACGAGAUUAAUUUAAAUGAAUUGGUAGGACCUCUUAAAAAAUUAUGCGCAUCUAGUGUGACUGGUAAGAUUUAA